UCUCUCUCCGUGGAUCCUCCCACUAGCAGAAGAGUGACACGCCAUUCAAUUGCUGCCUGGCCCUUCGCUUGUAGGAAGCAGGAGGCAGCUUUGAGCGUCCUCACACACACGGAUAAUAAUACUAUCUGAUAGAAACACACCGCGUCCGCGCUGCGUAACGCAAAAGUUGGGCCUGAGCCGUGUCGACAUGGGGAUCCGAAAAAAGACUAACAAGAACCCGCCGGUGCUGAGCCAUGAGUUUGUCAUCCAGAACCAUGCAGAUAUUGUUUCCUGUGUUGCUAUGGUGUUCCUUCUCGGGCUGAUGUUUGAGGUGACCUCAAAGUUUGCAGUGUUAUUCAUUACUGUCCAGUACAAUGUCACCAUAUCAACAAAUGGCCCAGAGGAGACCGCUGUGAACCACUUCCACCAUGGCAUCAAGGACCUUGCCACCACCUUCUUCUACAUGCUGGUGGCCAUCAUCAUGCACGCCAUCAUCCAGGAGUAUGUGCUGGAUAAAAUCAACAGGAAGAAGCACUUCUCCAAAACAAAGCACAGCAAAUUCAACGAGUCAGGACAGCUCAGCGCUUUCUACUUGUUCUCCUUCGGCUGGGGCACAAGCAUCCUCCUUUCUGAAAACCUCCUGUCCAAUCCAGUCUCCCUGUGGGAGGGUUAUCCCCAUACACUGAUGCCAUUCCAGAUGAAAUUCUACUUCAUUUGUCAGCUGGGCUACUGGUUACACGCUCUCCCAGAACUGUAUUUCCAAAAGACAAAGAAGGAGGAUAUUCCACGCCAACUUGUGUACAUCUCCCUCUACCUGGUCCACAUUGCGGGCGCCUACAUUCUGAAUCUGAACCGUCUGGGUCUGGUCCUGCUCGUGCUGCACUACUUUAUCGAGCUUCUGUUCCACGUUUCCCGCCUGAUCUACUUCAGCAACGAGCACAGACAAACUGGUUUCACCAUAUGGGCCGUCUUGUUUGUCCUUGGACGGCUGCUCACCCUGUCCCUGUCCGUCCUCACCGUGGGCUUCGGCCUCGCCACCGCUGAGAAUCAAGGCUUUGAUUUGGCUGCAGGAAACUUUAAUGUUAUUUUUGUUCGGAUAACUGUCCUGGCUGCCAUCUGCCUCACUCAGGCCUUCAUGAUGUGGAAAUUUAUCAACUUCCAGCUGCGUCGGUGGAGAGAGCAUGCCCAAGCGCAGACCUUGAAAAAGAAACAAGUUCCUGCCAAGAGCAAAUCAAAGAAAGACAAAGCCAACGGAGUAAACGGAGUGAACUCCCACAGAGCUGAUUCACCAAGAGCAAGAAAAGAGAAGUCAUCAUAAACACAUUCCCCCUUUCUCAAAGAACCAUCCCCCCCCGUGCCUCCGUGGCUGUGUCCAACCAACAGUCCCUCAAGCCCCUCUCGACCACGAUAUGCAUUUUCAGCUCCCACACAGGACUGACCUCCCAGCUGGACUUCAAGGGCCAGAAUGCAUUUAGCUUUGCUUGUCGCCAGUCGUCCAGCACGCCUUGAUUUAAGAAUCAUUGCUCUGCUGUGCCAUCUCGAAAUGAAAAGAAAUUCCGAAAUAAACUAUAAAAAACAAACAGACCUUAUUUAAGAAGUGCCUAUUGAUACGGAUUGUUUUGUACAGGGUGUGUAAUUUUAAAAAUUUCAGGAAUGAUGACGUCAGUGUUUAAUGUUUCUCCCGUGUCAGGUCAUUUCACACGUUUUCCUAAACGACGUGUAUUCCAGCUUGUGAUUUUUUUUUUUCUCUUGUAUUUAUAAGUGCUAGCCCAGCUCCUCUUCUUCUUCUUCGUGACUGACUCCUGUCUCUCUGUUGAGGGAUAUCUGUAAAAGUUCAUGAAUUUCCUUAUGAUAUCUCUUAUUUUUCCAUCAGUGACGGUUGCAUACAGUCCUGUUCUGAUAUCUGGGUUCACAUCACAGACUGUUCAAACUCAUACAGACAUUGUCACAGUGUUUUCACGGACACCUAAAGAUGGAUAGCGUGUGAGUGUGUAAAGAAACCAAUGAUAACAGGAGGCAUCACCCUGUAAUACUGUAAGUAGAUUCACAGUUCAGUAUUGUAAAACUGCCAGAAAAGACGUAGUGAUCUGAUGUAGCAUUUAAUAAUCGGAGUUCAGAGCUUCUUUUUAAUCACAACAGAACAUAAUCCUCGCCAUGAAAUGAUAAAGACUCUUGCAGUUCUGCCUAACACUGUCAAUAAAUGACCUCACAUCAUGUUUUCAAUGCUAUAACUUUAUAAGAGAUGAAAAGGAAAAUCAGGCAAAACAUUCCUUUAGUGAGUUUGAUUGAAUCGCUGUCUUGUAUGGAUCCUCUUUAUAUGAUGUUUAAGUAGUAUUUGUUUGGCCUCGCAUACAAUAGAUUACCUUUAAAGUGUCCUGAAUGAUUUGUUGUCAAAGCACGGACAGGGGAUGAGAAAACCAUAUUUUGUACAGCUGUUUUCCCCCCCACCUACUAAAAACUGUGCCAAAUGAGCCUGACUGAUUGUUUAUAAUAUAUGCCUUUCACUUACAUGCCAUGAAAUGUCAGCUGUAUUGCAAGAAUCAAUCACCUUGGUGACACUGUCAUAUUCUAAGGAAUAAACCCAUUAACUAAUA